AUGUCGGUUUUCGCCGCUAUAGCGAAAUUUUUAUUUGUAUUAACGGUUUGUGAAGCGAUGACUAUGAAACAAAUAAAUUCUACGGGUAAAAUGAUGAGGAAGUCUUGUCAACCAAAAAAUAACGUAGAAGAUGCAAAAAUCGACCCAAUUAAUGAAGGCGUUUUUAUCGAGGAGAAGGAAGUAAUGUGUUACAUUGCUUGCAUUAUGAAAAUGGCAAAUGCGGUAAGUGAAUUUAUAAUCUUUUCUAAGUAA